CUGAUAGACGGCACUGACUGGCACUGUUAAGCAGCACUGACUGGCACUGUUAGGUGGCACUGACUGGCACUGAUAGGUGGCACUGACUGGCACUGAUAGGCGGCACUGAUGCGCACUGAUAGGCAACACUGACUGGAACUGAUAGGUGGCACUGAUUGUCAUCACUGAUAGGUGGCACUGAUUGGCAUUGCUAUAGGUGGCACUGACUGGCACUGAUGGGUGACAUUGAAAGGCAGCUCAGAUGGGCACUGAUAUGUGGCAUAUAUGUGAUAUGUCAGCGGACACAGUGCACCGGCGAUCGCCGCGCUGCGCGCUCCCUGAGCCGCGCAUGUGCGGUGAGAAUGGAAGGACGUCAUAUGUUG